AUGACCGCUACCUCGUUGAAGUCCACCAACCUUUUCAGACCAAUUAAGGUCGGUUCUGCCACCUUGCAAAACAGAAUUUCUCACUUGCCAACCACCAGAAACAGAGCCUACGAAGAUCACUCUGCCACAGACUUGCAACUUCGCUACUACGAAGACAGAUCCUCGUCGCCUGGUACUCUUUUGGUCACUGAAGCCACACUUAUCUCGAAGAACCAAGGUCUCUACCCUAACGUUCCAGGUAUCUGGAACAAGGACCACGUCAACUCUUGGAAGAAGGUCAAUGACGCCGUCCACAAGAAGGGAGGCUUCAUCGCUGUCCAAUUGUGGGCUUUGGGUCGUGUUGGUGUUCCAAGCUUGUUGAAGGCUGAAGGUUUACCAUUGACUUCUUCCUCGGCUUUGUACGAGUCGGAAAAGUCCAAGGAAGCUGCCGAAGCUGCUGGUAACCCAGUUAGGGCCUUGACUGAAGAAGAGAUCAAGGACCUUAUCUACAACCAAUACACGAACGCUGCAAAGAAUGCCAUUGAAGCCGGAUUUGACUUUCUUGAAAUCCACGGUGCCAAUGGUUACUUAGUGGAACAGUUCAUCAACCCAAGCUCUAACACCAGAACUGACAAGUACGGUGGCUCUAUUGAGAACAGAGCCAGAUUUGUGUUGGAAUUGAUUGACCACUUGAUCUCAGUAGUAGGUGCUGACAAGUUGGCAAUCAGACUUUCUCCUUUCAACACUUUCCAAGGUAUGUUGGCUGAGGAUGAAGCCGUUCACCCCAUUGCUACCUUCGGUUAUAUUGUUUCUGAAUUGCAGAGAAGGGCUAACGAAGGUAAAGAAUUGGCCUACAUCAACGUAGUUGACGGUCGUUUCAACCCAGAUGGCACUGAAUCUGCGCUUGACAACAAGUUCAUCGAUCAGAUCUGGAAGGGUAUCAUCUUGAGAGGUGGUAACUACACUUACGACGACAAGAACAACUGGGCUAAUGUCGCUAAGGACGUAGACCAGGACGACCGUACCUUAAUUGGUUUCGGUAGACACUUCAUUGCCAACCCUGACUUGGUUUCCAGAUUGGAAAACGGUCAUGAAUUGAAUGCUUACGACAGAUCUACCUUCUACGGCCACGAUAACAACGGCUACAACACGUACCCAUUCUAUGGAUCCUCUGAAGUGGUGGACGCUGAAGCUGAAUCGAAGGUGGUUCCAAAGUCGUUGGCUUAA